AUGAGUAAUCGAGAGGUGGUCGUUCUGAGCGUGGGAGGUGUGAGAUUUGUAACCCGGGCUUCCACCUUGCAGCAGUUCCCAGAGUCCAGGCUGGCACGGAUGUUGGAUCAUGAUGACCAGGAAUUCAAACUGGUGAAUGGAGAGUUUUUUGUGGACAGAGAUGGAACUUUGUUUAGUUACAUCAUGGACUUCUUGAGGACUCUCCAGGUCUCCUUACCUACUAAUUUCUCAGACUACCAGAGGCUGCAGAGAGAAGCCGAAUUCUAUGGGCUCUACCUUCUGGCUGACGUCCUGAGCCAGGAACACUUGCUGAGGCCGAGGCCGGAGAUCUUGGAAGUGCGUUUUUCUCUCCAAGAGAUGCAGGCCUUUUUCCGGAUCUUUGGCUCUUGCAGCACCACUGUUGAGACGCUAGCUGACCAGAUCACUGUGUUUACAGGGCAGCAGUCAGGACAGAGCUGGAACAGCCCUUUUUCUUCUCAGAAACCACUUGUUCCGCUUCCUUUGGAAAGACCUUCUCAUCACGACAUGUUUUUUCAGUGUGGUACUGACUGCUCUGCUGGUGACCAGUUUGUGGCCAGGUAUGUUUCCAUAAAGCCUGAUGACAGAAAGCUGAUUAACGGUACUAAUGUGCUGGGCUUGCUGCUUGACACUUUAUUCAAAAAUGGAUUUCACCUUGUAAGUACCAGGAUGGUCUCCAGUGAAGAUAAAGUCGAAUGCUACAGUUUGGAAAGGAUGCAGAGGCCAGCGUGCCUUACAGUGACGGUGAACCAAACCCCGGGGAGCUCCAGGGUUGCACAGGCAAAGAAAAGCCAAGUGCAGAAAGGGAAAUAAAACUUUGUGCUUUCGUCUUUCAAAGGUGGAAGAGAGCUUUGGCAGCACUAGUGGCCGUUUUUGCUGGGUUGUUUGAAACUGCAACUACUGAGGGAAGUGACAAACAAAUACUUUUUGUUUUCAACUAUUGAGAAAAAAAACCCUGGCUUUCUUGCCAGUUACUGCUCCACCUUCUUCAACUCUUAUUUAGUCAGAGAUUCUAUCCUGGUUUUGUGGACCAGAGUCCAGCAUUUUCAAGGGUUUUUGUUUUUCUUUGGGGCUAAAAUUUUUAUCAGUACUCGCAAAAAUCAGCCAUUCCUUCUAGAAAAUAAUUUUUAUGUUCUAUGCUAGUCUGUAAGUAGAUUUUAAAUACAUGAUAAUACAUGAAGAAAUAAAAACUUGACACAA